UUCGUUUGUUAAGGAAAAAAAAAAAAGCUUAAUUCACGUACAUUGUUGUAUGUCAUGUUAGAUCUCUCUAAUUUUUGUUCCGCUUAGAUCUAUCAUAUCUCUAUUCCAUUUCAUAUGCGGUUAUGAAUGUAAAAUAAGGCUUCCCAUUUUGAUAAGAAGUAAUGACAAGAAGACAAGCAAGUUCCACGAGACGCAGUGGUGGAACCUUUUCCUUUUCAGGAGUAAUCAAUUCCAAAUCCAAAUCUUCUUCUUUACUAUCCAUAAUCCCUGUCCUUUUGGGAGCUUUCUUUCUCAUUUUUUAUGCUUUUGGUGGGUCAGGUCUCUUUCGAGGAAGGAAGAAUGUUGUUAUCAGGGCUGAAGGUGAUUUUUCAUGCACAUUUGAACUUCAAAGUGCAUUUCCUAUUUUGAGGAAUGUAUACGGCGACAACAUGAAAAACAUCUUGCAUGUUGGCCCAGAGAGUUGUUCAGUAGUAUCAAAAUUGUUAACAGAAGGGGAAGUUGAAGCAUGGGGUGUGGAGCCAUAUGACAUAGAAGAUGCUGAUAUAAACUGCAAGGCUCUAGUGCAUAGAGGCGUCGUACGCGUUGCCGAUAUAAAAUAUCCUCUACCUUACAGGCCAAAGUCUUUCUCACAUGUCAUAAUAUCAGAUGCUUUGGAUUACAUUUCUCCUAAAUAUUUAAACAAAACUCUUCCUGAGCUUGUUAGGGUAUCUGCUGAUGGUGUUAUUAUUUUAGCAGGUUCCCCUGGACAACAGAGAGAAGCAGCACAGUUAUCCAAAUUCGGACGUCCGGCGAAAAUGAGGAGUUCGUCUUGGUGGAAAGAGUUUUUCAGUGAAAACAACUUAGAAGAAAAUGUAGCUGCUGUCAAGAAGUUUGAACAAGCUGCAUAUAAGAUGUUUUAUAAUCCAACCUGUCAAAUUUUCCACAUCAAACCAUACAACUGAUAUAUCUUGAAGUUUGAGUAAUUGAUUAUUCUCCAUAUUCACCAUUUGGUCAUUUUUGUAUUACUAUAAACAUGUAAGUAUAAUGUCAUUAAAUAAGCAA